AGUGAGAGGUGGAGCUUCCGGAGCACUCUGCACUCUGCAGGCUCCUGGUUCCUGGCAGCAGCUGUGGAGGGACUGGGCUAGGUGGCCCGAGGGUGAAGUGAAAGGCGGAGCGGUGGCGGACAUGAAGGUGGAAGACACGGGCAUCGGCGACACGUCGGGCGGCGCUGAUGGCCAGAGUGUCUGCUGCUCUCCCGGCGGUGCAGACACAGUGGCACUUGCACACUGUGGAGCUCACCAGAUCGCACCAGUACCUCAAGCCUCCUGUUCCGGCAGAAACUCUAAGCCUUCCACCCAGAAGCUGGGAAUCCAACCUCACAGAUUCGUCCUCACGGUGCCUUUCCCGACCCCUUUGGAAGCAGAAAUUGCCUAUGGGUCCCUAGCUGCGGACACUGAACCGCACCAAACACUGGUGGGCAAGGAACUCAAAGUGAACGGCAGCAUCCUGGCGGUACACUGGACUUCUGAAGACUCUCGCCUCCUCCGAAUUUCCAUCAUCAACUUCCUUGACCAACUUUCCCUGGUAGUGAACACUAUACAACGCUUUGGGCCCCCAGUUUCCCGCUGAGCCUGGGCUGGGCAAAGGGGCUCAUUUGCUCCAAAAGUGUGUCUUUCCCUAGAGCAAAAUUCCUGAAGUGGUAGCUGCUACUAAAGUGUGGGGGCCUAGAUUGGCCCUCAGGUACUUAGGAUCCUUUUGCUUGGUCUGGUGUUUAAUGUUGCUGAAAAAAUAAAACUGUACUAAUCUGCAUAUAA